UCACUUCUCACGCAGCCUUUCUUCCUUCGCUUCACCCCUGUACUACCCCUCAACACAUAACGCCUCUCUCUCUCUCUCUCUCUCUCUCUCUCUCUCUCUCUCUCUCUCUCUCUCUCUCUCUUAAACUCUCUGUUCUGCUCCGCAAGACGCCAUUGAAGCUCUACUUUCAAGGCUUCGAAAGAUUACUGAACCAUUGAUUUCGGGCAACUGAAAAGGACACAUUCUCCAUCGCAAAAUGGCCAUGGAUCAACAUUACCUUCAGCAAGCCGCCCCACAAAAUGACUCCAAAGGAGAUGGAGCUACCAUUGAGAAGUGGAAAUCUUCCCCGGCAACGGUAGAUGAAUCUGAAAACAAUCCUUGUGGUGGUUUCGACUGCAACAUUUGCCUAGAUUCCGUGCAAGACCCGGUGGUCACUCUCUGCGGUCACCUCUACUGCUGGCCCUGCAUUUACAAGUGGAUCCAUUUCCAGAGCGCCUCCUCUAGAAAACUCGACCACCAAAACCCCCAAUGCCCAGUAUGCAAAGCCGAAGUUUCACAAAAAACCUUGGUCCCACUUUACGGCCGUGGCCAAACCGCGAAACCCUCUGAAGGAAAAACCCCUCAUCUCGGCAUAUUAGUCCCACAAAGACCUCGUAGCCCCAGUUGCAGGGUCCAAACCAGUUCUCGUCCAGCUCAGCAACUUCACCAUCAUCACGGUUAUCCACAGCGGUCUCUGCAACUUCAGCCGGGGGUGGGCAUGUAUGGGGAAAUGGUUUAUGCACGGAUCUUUGGUAACUCGGAAACUACUUUGUAUGCUUAUCCCAACUCUUAUCGCCUUUCGGGGAGCAGUAGUCCGAGGUUGAGAAGGCACAUGAUGCGAACUGAGGAGUCGCUUAGCAGAGUGUGUUUUUUCCUCUUGUGUUGUGUAGUUCUGUGCCUUUUGUUGUUCUAAUUGCCUUGUUUUUUUGUGAGGCCCAUCGUACACACUGUAAAUCUUAUGAGUAAAUACAAGGAUAUAUAGAACCAAUACAAAGAUUGAGCCAGAUGACAGUACAGCGUUUGCAUCUCUGUGCUGAUAUACAGUCUACUUUAGAGAAGUUACAGAAAAUAGUGUGUAAUCAAAAUUUUGAAUGUAAUUGAGGCUAAGUUUAUUUA